UCGCGUCGAAGGGAUUGAUCUUGUAUCCUUUUAGUAUUGACAAUUCUUUGAAUAUAGACGCUGUGUAUACGUAGAAAAGAAUUCUCUUAUUUAUACUACCGAAAUAUUUUUGUUUCCAAUUCUUGAAAAUCGAAGAAUUAGAUAGUUUAUAUUGAUAUAUACUAUAUAUAUAUACUUUGAACAAAAAUUAUUUUUAGAAGUGCUUCGAGUUAUUUUCGAAAGACGUGAGGUGAAAGUGGAAGUGCUUUUUCAGAGAAAGUUUCGUACGGGAUUUCCUUUGAAGUUGUCACCAAACUACAGAAAUAUCAAAAUACAAGACUGUGUUAUGCUGAAAGUAAGAUUUAUCUUCAAAAAAUGUUGACAGUGAUGUGCCCAAGCUGUCGUCACCGAUUUCCAGCUCCAGGUUGUUGUGAACCUAAAAAUAUGAAUGAAGAUAAUACUCUAAUUCAUCCAACAACCUGUUACUAUGGUGGCCUGCUAGUUCCUAAGAGUUAUACUAGUGGUGGUGGUUGUUUUAUAAAUGCACCAACUAUAAUUCAUACGCAACCAGUUAUCAAUUCCUUCAACUAUCCAUCAAUGACACUUGAUUUGGAAAAACCAAGAACUGAUAAACAAAGGGAAGAUUUCCUUCAAAGAUAUGAAAAAAAUACACAAGUUCUUGGAUUUCCAUUAAUCAAUGAAGAAUUACAAAAGAAUCAAAGUUCUGGAUGUCAAAUUACUACAAGCUGUGACUUAACUGGAGGAAGUGUAACAAUAACAACACCAAGUAUACAAUCUGGAGGCUGUUUAAUUCAAAGUAUGGAUUCUGAAACUCUUAUGCAUACACCACAUAUGGAAAUCCGUCCAAAAUUAUCUGGUGGAGGAUGUUUUGUGCAAAAGACAUUAUCAACUGAAAAUCAAGAAGUUUCUGUUAUAUCUCAUGAAAAAAAAAUUCAACAAGAAAGUGUGAGUCAUGAUAAAAGGAUGUUUUUAAUACCUCCAAGUGGCUGUCAAGAAUUACCAGGGACUCGAAGAAAUAUAUUAUCACAAAAAAUAGAAGAAGCAACUUCGCUAGAAAAUUAUGAGGAAAAGUCAAUUUUCUCAGAUUUUCAAAUGAAUGUGCCAGUAAUGCAAUUUCAACAAGCUAAAAAUUCUAAAACAAAUGAACAUGAAUUAGAACAGAGCCGAAAUUUCAACUGUUGUUGUAAUAAUGUUCAAAAGCUUUAUCAUGUUAAAUCAAAUAAUCUUCAAGUUUCGGAAAAUCGUAAUUCUAUGGUUUUAGAUUCUAAUCCAGGAGUACAGAUUCAAGUAAAUGCGACUGUGCAACUUCCAGCAAAUUUAGGACAAUGUACAGUAAAUAUAACUGCAACUACUACGAAUUCUCCUGAUUCUUUGUCAAGUAUAACUUCAAGAAGUAGAAACAAUUUUAAUGGUGGAGGUUUAGUACAGAAAAAUGAAACUCAAAAUAACGAAGAAAAUUUUGAUGAAAGAAGAGAUAGAACUCCAACCACACCAGUUUCUUGGUUAAUGCCAUGUCCUUGGAGUUUUGACAACUAUAUGAUAGAUAGGGAUGCAGCUAGAUUAAGUGAAGUUAAAAGACUCUUACAAACCUGUGGUUGGUACCAUGAAGGUCUUAGUUGGCAGCAGAGUGAAAAUUUGUUAAAAAAUGCUAUGAUUGGCAGAUGGCUGAUGAGAGAUAGUUCAGAUAGUAGAUAUAUGUUUGCUGUGUCUGUGCAAACUGCUAGAGGACCUACCUCUGUUAGAGUUCAUUAUUUUGUGGGACAGUUUCGAUUAGAUGCUGAACCUAGACUUGCUUUUGCAAUUCCUCUUUUUGAUUGUCCAAUUAAAAUGCUAGAAUAUUAUGUGGAAUAUUCAAAAAGUGUUGAUGAACAAAGAAAAGAAGUUUGGGUAGAUUAUAGUGGACAACUUUAUAGUGAAAUUUAUUUGACAAAGCCUUUAGUUAAAGAAGUAAGGUCUCUUAGUCAUUUGGCCAGGUUAGUUGUUAAUAGGAAUAAGUUACCUACAAAACAUUUGCCACCGUUAAUUAGAAAUUAUUUAGCAGAAUAUCCAUAUAGUCUUUGAAAAAUAAUGCAUGAGAUUUUUCUGAUUUCUGGAUUAAUAAUUUAUAAAAUUUAAAAAUUUUUA